GGGCGGCCAGGCUUGCCAGCCCAGCAGCGGAGUUUGCAGGACGAGGAGGAGCGGAGAGGAUGGAGACUUCGAGGUCACUGAUGGGCUCCCGCGGCGAAAGUGACUUUGAAGACGAGUCUCUGAGGCUGCGGCAGCUGAAGCUAGACAACCAGAGAGCACUGCUGGAGAAGAGGCAGAGAAAGAAGCGCCUCGACCCGCUCAUGGUCCAGCCCAACCCCGACGCCGGGUUUCGCCGGCCAAAGCUGAGACGUGGGGAGGAGCAGACGCCUUUGGUGGAGUCCGGGCCACGCAGGGAGGCCGUCCUGCCCGGCAUCGACGGCCCGGCCGCCUUCAUGAAGCCCGAGGCUCCGGAUUUGGAAACGGAACUUCCCGUCCCCGCCGCCGACUGCCCCGCCGCUGACGAGGACGCUUCGGGCCACGCGGGGCAGACGAGCCCCGGGGACACCGUCCCCAAGCAGGACCUGCAGGAGGUCCUUCAGAAACACGGCAUUUCUGGCAGCCUGAACUUCGACGAGGAGGGCUCCGACUGCGCGGAGGAAGAGGGAAAGCGAUGCAGGUCUCACCCGCCGUGCUUGGAGGCCGAGACACUCACGUCGGGGUCCAGCCAGCUGUCCAUCACGGAUCUGGGCGCUUCCCGUUCCGUAGCCCGACAAAUAGAAGUGGAGAAGCUCUUGGGAGACAUGGAGAAUCUAGAGGACUUUGCCUAUCGCCCCGCCCCACGGGGCAUCACAAUGACCUGUCGGAUAACCCGAGACAAGAAAGGAAUGGACCGCGGUCUCUUCCCCACUUACUUCAUGCACCUGGAAAAGAGUAAGAAUGAGAAGGUGUUUGUCCUAGCAGCUAGAAAGCGCAAGAAGAGUAAGACAUCCAACUACCUUAUCUCCACCGAUCCCAUUGACUUAUCUCGUGAAGGGUUAAGUUACAUUGGCAAACUCAGAUCCAACCUCAUGGGGACCAAGUUCACCAUUUACGACCACGGCGUCAACCCCAGCAAGUCCAGCGGCCGGGUGGAGAAGUGCUACAUGCGGCAGGAGCUGGCGGCCAUCAGUUACGAAACCAAUGUGCUUGGGUUUAAAGGGCCAAGGAAAAUGUCCGUGAUCAUUCCGGGACUGACUAUGAAUCACGAGCGAAUCCCAGUCCAGCCACGAAAUGACCACGAGAGCCUGCUGUCCAAGUGGCGGAACAAGGCCAUGGACAACCUCAUCGAGCUGCGCAACAAGGCCCCGGUGUGGAACAACGACACGCAGUCCUACGUGCUCAACUUCCGCGGCCGCGUGACGCAGGCGUCCGUGAAGAACUUCCAGAUCGUCCACGAGAACGAGCCCUCCUACAUCGUCAUGCAGUUCGGGCGCGUGGCCGAGGAUGAGUUCACGCUGGACUACAACUACCCGCUCUGCGCCCUGCAGGCCUUUGCCAUCGGCCUGUCCAGCUUCGACAGCAAGCUGGCCUGCGAGUGACCGCCCGCCCGGGUGACCGCCCAGCAGGGCCCGAGCCCCCGCAGGCCGCCCCCCCACCCCACCCUCGCGCUGGCCCCACCCCUCGGAAGGCUGACAGUCGCCCCUGGGACUCAGGCAUGGCACCUGAGUGCACCGUGUGUGCAUACAUGUCACCUCACACAGAGAUGUGUGUCCACGCAUGGCUGCGUGUCUCUGGCGUGGCGGUCCUGGUCAGGGACCCCCUGGCCCCCGGGAGACCCUUGAAGGCCCCCAGAGCAGGUCUCUAUUCAGAAGCCCCCAGCUGAUUUCGGAAGUUCUUGCCCAACACAUUUUGUGCCUUAAGAGUUUGAUUUCUGGUCUGGAGCAACAGCACAGCGGGGAGGGCGUUUGCCUUGCGCUCAGCCAACCGAGGUUCGAUUCCCAGCAUCCCAUAGGGUCCCCCGAGCACCGCCAGGAGUCAUUCCUGAGUGCAGAGCCAGGAGGAACCCCUGAGCAUUACCGGGUGUGACCCCAAAAAAAAAAAGAGUUUGAUUUCCUGGGGCUGGAGAGAGUACGUGCGUAGGCUUGCCCGAGCUGACCCGGGUUCAACCCCCAGCACCCCCUGGGGUCCCCAAAGCUCCACCAGGAGGGCUUCCUGAGCACAGGGCCCGGAGACAGCCAUGAGCAAACCCAGGGCUUCUAAGCAUAGGGAAAACUUUUAUCAGAAGUUUGAUCUCCUGUGCUUGGAAACAGGAAGUCAGAAUCAGGUUCUGAUGAUUGGCUACUCUGGUUUGGAGGAGGUUUAGAUGUGUUUUCACGUUCUUUUGAAAAUUUUAAAUCUCUUAUUAUUAUUUUUUUUAAUUAAGUCUCACUGUGAGAUGCGCAGUUACAAAGUUGUUUCUGUUUGGGUUUCAGUCCUGUAAUGUCCCAGCACCUGUGUACAAUUCCCACCACCAACAUCCCCAGUUUCCCUCCCGCCACCAUUUUUUUGAGAUUUUAGGAGAGAGCUGGUUCCCCACGUCCCCUCCACUCCCCAGGCCGGUGGUCGUGAGACCCCAGAAGUGGGGUGUGACAGCAGCGGCCCCGGAGCACGGACCCAGAGAACCCACGUGGUUUGUUUUUCUGUCAGUUUGGGUUUUGUGUGGUUUUUGCCUUUUCUCUUGUUUUUUUUUUUGGCAAAACCCAAGGUCAGCGGCCAUUUUGGUGGGUCAUCACAAAGGAAAAUGAUGCCAUCCAACCAUCCCUGAUGUAGUGGACGGAGAACCGUCCCCCCCUUAGUCGCUCACGGCCACCAGGAAGCAACCCCAGCCUCGGUGAGUCAGAGGGAGCACGGGGUGACCGUGGCCUUCCCAGCAGGCUGGGGGUGCCGCCCUGAUGCCGCACUGCCCACCGCCCCCUCCUGCCCAGCGCAGGGGCCUGGCCCCCACCUCCAGGGGGCUCGGGCAGGGUCACGGCCAGCCCCGUGAGGACAGCGUCCUGACUCCCGGUGACCGCACGCGCCAGCCGCCCGGCGGACUGUCCAGUUAGAACCCGGGACUCGCUUGGCCUCUGCCUUUGUUCCUGGCUCGGGGGGUGCCGCCCCCCCACAGUGUCACAGUAUUACAGCGGCCGCGUCAGUGUUCGGGGACACGCGUGAGGGGCCCCGUGCUGAGGUGAGACAUGUGGUGUCAUGCCCGGAGGGUCGGCAGGAGAGGCGAGGCCGAGACGGGCCCGCGGGCGGGCGCUCCUUCCGGGGGGAGCGUGGCUCAGCCCUGCCUCCUCCUGUCUGCUCGAUCAGGGCUGGGGGACCCCGCCCCCAUGGUCCCCACACCCGGCUCAGGCUCAGGGGCCCCAGGGGGUAGAGGCCCAGCGCCCACCCGGGCCUGCUUCCAAGCCCCCAGCAGAAAGUGGGUGGUCAGUCGAGCCCCUCCCCAAACCCCGCCCCCACACACGCUCCGGUCGCAGCAGCCCCCCAUGGCCGCAGCCAAAGCCACAGGCGGCUUUCAGCAAGACCACUGGCCUUCACUGCCGGCGGUCAUCAGCGGUCAGCUCCGGGCUCCCCGUCCGGCCUCCGUGCCGGGGACAGCAGCCGGGCCACAGCGAGGGUUGCAGGGAGAGCAAGAGUGUCGUUGCCCACGCGCCGGCUUCCUGCUGCCCUGACCGGCCCCGACCGGUAGCGCCGUGAAGCAGAGUGAGCGGGGGGACGCCAGGACCCUCGGCUGCUCCCAGGCUGCCCGCCCAGUGCCUCGUUCACCAAGUGCCCAAGGCCCGGCCAGCGGACUGGCCGAGAAGCCGCCUCCUUGGAGGAGAAGCUCCUUGUCCCUCCGUCUAGCAGGUGGUGUCGGAGGCGGGGACCCACCGAGGUGCGAGGGUGACUCCCGCCUCCCGCCGCCUCCGGGACGACACGGAAUCAGCUGCGUGGGCAGGGGGCUGGUUUUGACACAUUCGACGUAUUUAUACCUUUUGUAUGCUUUUAGAAAUAAAGGAUAAUUUAUAGUAAG